AUGAAGCAUAUUUGUGCAUCUUCAUUUACUGAUCUAUCUAUACCAGCAAUGUACGAUUUGUGUGGUGAACCAGUUGCUGUGGAUCUGAUCAAUGAUAAAACGAUUUGUGGCAAUAUUUUCACAUUUGAUCCAGUGAAUUAUUCGUUAGCAGUCAUAGUUUUUUCAAAGGAAAAAGAACCAAUAGCGCUAAAGAUUAUCUUUGAAAAAUCUGCAAAACAGAUACGAAAGUUUGAUGCUGGAGAUCAGUUACCAGAUGGAUGCAUCAAAAGAACUUCAGACUUAGAUGGCUGGCUGGGAAAUCUAUUUAAAACAACUCCGAAAUCUACAAAACAUCAGUUGGAGAGGUGCUUAAUUCGGUUCUUGUUUAAAAUGUUAUCCAUUUUUUGGCAUGAACAGAAGCGACAGCAAUUGAUUGAAUGGUUAGAACAGAAUCAGGUUCAGGUGACAAACAAUAGUGAUGGUUCAAUUAGUUUGUUUAAUAUGGUACGAAUAGUCGAACCCUUUACAUCAGAGGAUUGCUUCUGUGAUAAACCUGUCAUUUUAUCAAGGGUAAAAAAGCUGCUAGAAAAGAUUCCUAAAUUUAAUGCAUCAGGGACUUGA